GGCCGGAGCGGCGCGAUGCGCGGACAGCACCGGGAACAGCACCGGGAGCAGCGCCGGGAGCAGCACCGGGAGCGGGGCCCGGCGCUGCCCGCCGCCGUCGGGGCGCUGUGCCGGGCCCUGCCGCCCCGCGCCCGGCCCGCCCCCGACACCCUGCGCCGCGCCAGGUUCGACCGGCCGCAGGCGAGCCUGGACUUCUGGAAGCUGCUGUACGUGCUUCUGAAGCAGAUCCAUGGGGGCAGGUGGACAGAGUCUGAUGCCAUAGGUGCCCAGGUGAGCUUUGUGAAGUGGGCGCUGUGGUACCACGGCUACGGCCGGCCCCAGCUGCAGCGGCUGCCGGCCGACGGCUCCGCGGGCAGCCGGGAGCUGCUGCUGGCGUUCUCCUGGCUGCUGCACAGCCCCGGCCUCCUGGAGCAGCUGCUGGCUCGGAACAGGGUGCAGCCUGGCGAUCAGACCUCCGUGUGCACGUGUGAAGAUGAACUGCCCAGCAGCCAGGAAGGCACAAGUGAAGCAGGACCUGAAGAGAGAGUGGAUGUUCGAUACCUGCAGUGGUUAAAUGGGAGGCUGAGGUUGCAGUGGUGCAGUUUGCACGCUCAGCACCAAGAGCAAUGCAAACUUUGGUACAAGAUCCAUUUAUUCACAAGUGGCUCCCACAUGGACCAGAACCUCGGACAUUUUUCUGUCACAGAAACAGAUCUCAUUAGUCAACCAGAGAACUACAAGCAGCUGUUACAGCUCCUGGACUCUGAGACCAAGCAGCUGGAAGCCUUUCUGGAAUGGAAGCAACUGGAACCAGUUUAUUGGCAGUGGAUGGAAACUGUUUUGGAUAAUAUGGCUGAAGAGGGAAAUAUGUGUGAGUCCCAGGAUGUACAUGUGGAGAAAAGAAGGCUGCCAGAGGCCACCCCCUGGGCUGCCAAGCUGACUGGGCAAAUGGACAGAUUAUCCAGAGACCUGUUGUCUCUCCAGGAGCACCUGCACCAGCUCGUAGCUCAGCGAAAGGCUGCGUGGUGGGAGAAGGCAGCAAGUGGAGAGAAGGCUACCAGAGAAUCUACAAUACCUGUGGAUGGAGAAAAAGUGAAAGAAACAGUUGGGAUGACAGAGAAGUAAUAAAAUUGCUGUAUCACCACUUUGUGUCUGUCUUAAAUCAGGAGAGGGCUUUUUUAGCCCAGAGUAUUUGAUUUUUUUUUUUCUUUUCAGGAUAGAGGGGAGUAUGUGGUUAUAGAUUGGGGUGUUGGUAGACAGGGUUGCAGGUCAGCUGACAAAAUGGAAAAUGGCAGGUUGUCAGAUCGAAAAGUAUCUGCCCAAGAAUUCCAAAGGUGUCUGGCAUGGAAAAAGUGUGUGGAGAGCUAAUUGCUCUCUUCCACCUUAAGCAUAAGGAGCUAAUUAGGAUCAGUUGGAUAGGGAAGGCACAAGGAGCUGCUGCUUCACACAGAGUACAAAACUUCUUCCCACAGGGCACUGUGGGUAUAAGCAGUGUACAUGGAUUUGAAAUCUGCCAUACACAUUCUUGGGAGUUGAAAUCCAUCAAAGAGUAUAAAAUAUGCAGACACAAAUUGCAACCUUAUGAGUUAGUGGGAGAACAAAUCAUUGCAGGCUGGGGGAAUAUUCUGAGGAAGCAUAUCCAUGUAUUAACAUUUGUCUUAGAGUCUUCUCUGGGCACUUACUGUCACUCACUGUCAGUGACAGGGUACUGGACUAGACAGAUCUCUAGAAUCAUCAGAUUUAGUUGUUCCUGGGCAAAAUGGACAUAACUGUUGAGGGACCACUCAGACCUCGAAUUCUAAAAAUAAAACUUCCAGUGCAUGAUUUCUAAAGCAAGAUAUGCUCUGACUUCUCUUAUAUGUAACAAUAUAUAAGCUGUUAAAUAUUAUGUUAGGUGUUAUAUAAUAUCACACUGAUUUUUUUUUUUUAAUACUUAAAUUUGGCAUUUAAGUCCAGAAAGAUUUAACUGAUGAUUUCUUCUUUCAAAUAGAUGCACUGAUUGGAUUUGAAUAAUGGUUGGUCACGUUCCAAUGUUUCUGAGAUUCUCUGGACGUCAUACGAUUUUGUGACUGUGAUAAAUGGAGUGCAUCUUAAGUGUGUUGUUAAAAGGCUGGUUUACCACAAAUGCCUUCUCUUCUACAUAUGCCCUGAAACAGAAUUGUUUUGUAAUGCUACAUAACAGCAUUGUUUUGAAUGCUUGGGGUCAGAUGACUCGCCAUUAAUCCUCUUUAUAUCAAGCCUUGCUUUGCAUAGUGCUGCUGGUUGUGUGAUGCUUUCUUCCUGUGGUCUGUCCUUUUUCCCACAGCCAGGAUGCUUGCUGAAUGCAGGCUUGUCUAUCAAGUGUAUGUUUCUGACCCCUUCUUUUCCCUGGAGAAAUAAGCUUAUCAAAUCUUUCCUUCUAUAUUAUUUUUUAAUCAAACAAAGAGAAGACACAGCGGUAGCUGAAGCCGUUAUCGCUAACUUGGUAUCUUGCAGUACUGAGACAUCUGGAAAUUGUCUUGGCUCUUACAGGCAUGCCCAGCUGAGGGCCAGCACAGUUUAUUACAGCUCUUAUGUCCACUACCUUGUACUUGACAAAGAACCUGAUAAUCCGCAGAGUGUUUGUGUCUGUUGUUGCCAGUAGGCCUGAUGUCUGUGCCAGGCAACAGGGUAGAAGCUGUUCUGAACAGCAGAAUUGAGUGCUGAAACGUGAUGCACUGGGGGAGACAGCACAGUUCCUGCAGGGAGAAAUCAUGGCUGGAAUCUGCUGGAGCUCUCUGCAGGGACUGCUGAGCGUGUGGGCAGGGGUGGCUGCAUUGAUGCUGCUUAAUCGCAUUUGCAAAUGGAUUUGAUGAAGGCCCUGAAAAGAUUCUCAGCACAAAUAAACUGCCGAGGUGGCUGUGUUCCCUCUCCCCCUGAGCAAACAGCAGCAGGACGCCGGCAGGAGGUGGCUGGGAUGGGUUGGUGGAGGUGGUCACUGGUACAGCCAAAAAACAAGCUAGGCAAGACUAACAGAGCAGCAUGGUGAGGUGCCUACAUGGAGAGAGGAGACUGAAUCCCUAGAACCAACAGCAAAGGAUUAUUGAGCGUCCUUGUGCCGAGUAGUGAAGUGGUAAAAUAUCAGAAAAACUUCAUGGAGAUAAAUAUAUCUGAAGGGAGCAUCAUAAUUUUACAUGUAUUUCUUUGGAUUGUCACGGCAUGUGAGUGACCUCUGUGGAAAGGUCAGCAGUCAGAAACAGUAAACUGGAUCCUAAAACUGUUAGGGAAGC